CAUUUCGCAAACAGUGGUUAAAAGAUCAGGUUCUAGCAGAAAGUGAGCCUGCUGUAGUCCCAGGAUAUUAUGAGGCCCGUUACAACCCCAUUCGUCGCUUUUAUCGCUGGCCUUUGGACACGCUCUUCAAACCUCUGGUGCCCAUCUUGGGUUACGAAUCAGCAGCCAAGUACCGUUGGUUCACAGGAAGGUUUUGCCUAGGUAUUGGAGCACUUUAUGCUGCUUACUAUUACUUCAAAUAUAACAAAAAUGACUGGACGCGCAAAGGUGGCUGGCGAGUUAUACACAGCAGAGAGAUGGUCACUCCUGGUGAUCCUAGAUAUCCCUUGGUGUCAGAUAGGAAGGAAGGUGCUGAUUAUGCUGCUCGGGGCUUUAAGUCCAGCCCCAUUUAAACAAAGGAUUGUGAAAAGUGAAAUAAGUUUAUAUACUUUGAUGGAAGAAGCAAAUCAAGGUAUUUUAUAAGUUUUUCAUGUGAACUACUUGUAAGGCUGUUUGCUCUCCAUUCAAGGUAAAAUAUUACUUUAUAGGUGUAUUGUCUGUAAUGUUAAUUAACUGUAAAUAGGUAGUGACAUUCUUAAAAUAAAUGAAUUCUUAUAUAGGUA